UAUAAUAAGGGUUUGGGGAAAAUGAUUGGUGUUGAAGCUCUGUACUCUGAUUUUCAUUUAGAAGGCGGGGAGCUGUUGGUAUUUGAGUUUGCAGGUGACGGUAAUUUCAACGUAUAUAUAAUUGGGAGGGAUUUUUGUGAGGUCGAGUAUCCAAAUGUUGUUCAUGCACUACAGGAAAUUGGUCCCCGAAAAGUGUCUCUUGUGAAGGGAGGGCUGAAGUUUGUGAAGUUUGUAACUGAGUCUGAACCUAUAGUGGAUUAUAUGGUUGCACCAAUUUCCUUUGCUGAACGUUGUAUUCAUCCACUGUCCUUGAAAUGCUUUGUUAGAUAUGUACUGCCCAAUGGGAAAAAGAUUAAUGGGUUGUAUGAUGAAUUAACAUACAAAUUCUCUGGAUUACAAACAAUACCAGAGUUAUUAGGCAAUGCUGAUUUGAACUCUUUUAACAUGUUGUUGUUGAGUUAUACGGAAGGUGCUCACUUGACAAUAAGUAUCUUUGAUGACAACUUUGUUGAGGUUUUCUUCCCUGGCAGCCCUCUAUCUACUGUUCCUUCUUUGCUGGCACCAGUUGUAGAGAGUAGUUUUCGGAUUAAGGUUCAACCCUACAUGCUUCUGAAAUAUUGCCAUGGCGUGGACAUCCCUGCACAGCACAGAGAUUUGUGGAACAUGUGGUCUAGGAGCGAGUACAUUACUGUGUAUUCUGGGACUGCAGCAUGGAAACGCAAGAUCAGGCACCGCACAGACUGGAAGUGCACAACAAUUCAUGAUGGUUGGGUUGCUUUUCGAAAGGAUAUGGCUCUCGAAGUUGGCGAUACUUGCAUAUUUGAGUGCCCAGUGGACUCAUUUUGUCAUUUCAGCGUUCGUGUUGUGAAAUCUGGACAGUGACUGUUGUUGAAUGUGGUGUUCUUUUGCCUAACUGUUGUCCGGAGACACAGGUUUCAGUGUUAGACGCUAGUGGUAGAUUGUGUUAAGUAUGUCUGAUAUUGUGAGAAGUUAUCAUGUGAAAUAGGUUAUGAUGAAUGGUUGAGCCUAAAA